AUUCCAAUUUCACAUCCUAAUCUAUACAGCAAACAUGAAGUUUCUUUUAGUGCUAGUGGUGGGUCUGUGUUUCGGCCACGUGUCCGUGGCAUCAGUGGAAGAGAACCAUGCACAGAAGAAAACAUACAUAGUGCACAUGGCGAAAUCCGAAAUGCCGGCGAGUUUCGGCGACGACCACAGUCAAUGGUACCACUCAUCACUCAAAUCGGUAUCCGACUCAGCCGAGAUGCACUACACGUACAACAACGUGGUGCAUGGGUUCUCGGCGAGAUUGACUCUAGACGAAGCCCAGUCAAUGAAGAAACAACCCGGGGUUGUCGCGGUGUUGGAGGACGUGAAGUACGAGCUCCACACGACUCGGACGCCGGAGUUCCUCGGCCUUUACGAGAGUGCCGAGUUGUUCCCCGGAUCUGACGCAGUGAGUGAUAUUAUCAUUGGAAUGAUGGAUACCGGUGUUUGGCCCGAGAGCAAGAGUUUCAACGACAGCGGAAUGGGGCCCGUUCCUACGAGUUGGAAAGGGGUAUGUGAGAACGGCACCAACUUCAAUUCAUCCGACUGUAAUCGGAAGCUAAUAGGAGCAAGGUAUUUCUCUAAAGGCUACGAAGCCGUAGUUGGCCCUAUCAACCAAACGCAAGAAUCAAAAUCACCACGAGACGACAUCGGUCACGGGACUCAUACAACCACCACAGCCGGCGGCUCGUCUGUCGUUGGUGCUAACCUAUUUGGCUAUGCGUCCGGAACCGCGCGGGGCAUGGCCUCGCGCGCGAGGGUUGCUAUGUACAAGGUGUGUUGGUUAGAGGGCUGCUCUAGCUCCGACAUAUUAGCUGGGAUGGACAAAGCCAUCGACGAGAAGGUUAAUGUCAUCUCCUUAUCUCUCGGUUCUAUCUUUGCGUUUCCCUAUUAUUUGGACCCCAUCGCAAUCGGAGCUUAUGCGGCAAUGGAGCAGGGAAUUUUCAUCUCUUGCGCUGCUGGUAACUCAGGUCCCUAUCCGUUUUCUGUCGUCAAUGUUGCUCCGUGGAUUACCACUGUUGGUGCCGGCACCUUGGACCGUGAUUUUCCGGUAGACGUUAGUCUCGGAAACGGAAUGAAAUUCUCUGACGGUAUGUCGCUUUACAAAGGUCUCUCGUUGCCGAAGAAGAUGUUACCACUCGUUUACGCUGGAAAUGCGAGUAAAUUCCCGGACGGGGGUUUUUGUGCAUCGGGCUCGUUGAUACCAGAAAAAGUGAGCGGUAAAAUUGUGCUGUGUAACGGCGACUUAUAUUCUAGGAUAGAGGAUGGGGUCGCUGUAAAAGAAGCUGGUGGGUUAGGGAUGGUUUUGGUCAACACGGCGGCCGACGCGAUGGAGGUACUGGCGAUGGCUGAUCUACUACCAGCUACAAUGGUAGGUCCGACAUCCGGUGCUAAAAUAAAGAGUUACCUAUUUUCAGACCCCAAUCCGAGGGCCACGAUUAUUUUCAAGGGAACCGAACUGGGCAUCCAGCCGUCGCCGGUAGUCGCGGGAUUCACUUCAAGGGGGCCAAACCCAGUUACGCCACAAGUACUCAAGCCUGACCUGCUGGCGCCAGGUGUCAACAUCAUAGCGGCUUGGACGGGCAGGGCAGGACCCACUGAGCUAGCGUUCGACGAUAGGCGCGUGCCGUUCAACAUAAUCUCCGGAACUUCGAUGGCAACCCCGCACGUAAGUGGCCUCGCGGCGUUGCUCAAGGGGGCCCACCCGGAGUGGAGCCCCGCCGCGAUCCGCUCGGCCCUGAUGACCACUGCAUACGCUACGUACAAAAAUGGUCAACCACUGUUAGAUAGUAUCAAUGAAAUGCCGGCUACCCCGUUUGCUUACGGCGCUGGGCAUGUGGACCCUGUAAAAGCACUCGACCCUGGACUCAUCUACGAUCUAAACGCAAGUGAUUACUUGAGCUUCCUAUGUGCCAUAAAUUACACCACAUCGGAUAUUAGCGUACUCACCAAGAGAAACUUCACUUGUGACCGAAAAGUGGAAUACAACGUUACUAAUCUCAACUACCCUUCCUUCGCUGUACCUCUCAGAAGUGGUGGCAACGCGUCCACAGUGGUGAAAUAUACAAGAACGGUUACGAAUGUUGGACUAGCGGCAACCUACAACGUGUCUGUUAAUAUGAAAAACGAGACGGUUAAGGUUUUCGUUCAGCCAGACUCGCUGAGUUUUAGCCAGUUGAAUGAGAGGCAGUCUUAUACGGUAACAUUCACUGCUGGUUCACUGCCAUCGAAUUCAUUUACCUACGGAAGUAUUACCUGGUCUGACGGAAAGCAUGUCGUUGGAAGUCCGAUUGCGAUUAGCUGGAUGUGAUUUGCUGCCUUGCUUUCUCGAAGUGGCAUAUACUCCAUGUUUUUUGGAGCUGUUUUCUGUUUUCAAUAAGUACUGUUUCCUUGCUGGAGUCAGAAACGUGAAAUUGUAAUAUGUGUUUGAAGUAUGUCAAGUGAUCCGUUCAACUAUCUGUUGAAUGCUUAUUUUUAGUGUUUCGCCCUUUUUUCUUCUUUGCUUGAUCUCGUAAGUGUCGUGUGCUUUCAAUGUUCCCCUCGAUGUAACUUUUCGAGAUUUAUAAAAAAAAAUUUUGCUGAUAAAAAAGAAA